AUGACUGAUUUAAACGGCGAUAAAACGGGUGAAAUAUCAAACGGUGAAAUCGGCCAAUAUCAAUUUUCUGUUCCACCGUCAACAAACGAUAAGGAACCUGCUUUGACAUCUCAACAAAAGGCAGAGAAUAAAACAAUGCUCUCUAAGGGCAGCGAAUACCUGAAAAAUUUGGCAAUAGAAAAACCCCAAGUGCUCCCAGAACAUCUUGCAACACUCAAAGGGAGGAAAUGGCUGAAUGAUGCGGUAGUGAAUUUCUACCUAGAGCUCAUCUCACGUCGAUCAAGACAGAUCCCCGAAAUGCCCAAGGUGUAUACAUUUAACUCCUUCUUCUACGAGAGGCUCUGUAGCGAUGGCUAUGAGGGUGUCAAGCGAUGGGCAAAGGUGGACAUAUUCAGUCAAGACUUGGUCUUACUUCCAAUACAUCAUGAGAACAGUCAUUGGUGUCUUAUUUGUAUUGAUUUCCGCAAGAAAACUAUCUCCUAUUAUGAUUCAUUGCAUGAUCGAAAUGAUGAGUGCCUGCAAAGGAUCAUGGGAUAUCUCGUUGAAGAAAGUGCAAAAAAACAGAAGAUGUCUCAGGAAGAUGAAUCUUCUUGGCAAAUGGUGAAUAUGGAAGAUAAAAUUCCAUUGCAAAAAAACACUUGGGACUGUGGUGUUUUCGCAGUUACAACAGCAGAAUUCCUUUCUCGAGGUGCCGAUCUUAUCUUUGAUCAGGUCCCUCAGGGUAAUUUACAGUUAAUUGAAGCCUACAACUUUGCUCCAUAA